GAUGAAUUGGACUACGUCAGAACCAUAACACUGACAUUAAAGUCGCUCUCUCUUCCCCGAAUUCACUUCCUCUUUUCUCUUUUUUCAGACAACUAUACGCUCCAAACCUACAAAAAGCACGCGAAUUUCUCCUCAAUAAGACGACUUCGACAAUGGCAUUAGCGCCGAAGUUUGCCGGCCAGGCAUUGGUCUCUGGAGGGCAGUCCUCCGUCCACACUCUCGAGCUCUUCCUCGAUUACGUCUGUCCCUUCUCUAAGAAGAUGUUCCACACUGUCUAUAACGAUGUCGUCCCGUCGCUUCCACCCAAGAUCUCCUCCAAUGUCCGCAUCAUCCUGCGCCAACAGAUCCAACCCUGGCACCCGUCCUCGACACUCGUCCACGAAGCCGGCGUGGCGGUUCUGCAGCUCGCACCGGCCAAGUUCCCCGCGUUCUCCGCCGCGUUGUUCGAUCAGCAAACCGAGUACUUCGACGUCAAGGUUGUGAACGAAGUGCGCAACGACACGUAUCGACGACUGGCGAAACUGGCUGGCACGGUGGGCGUGGAUGAGGGGAAGGUGUUGGACGCGUUACGGAUCAGCGAUCAGCCGGCGGCGGAUGGGAGCACGAAUACCGGGAACAAGGUGACGAAUGAUAUCAAGCUGCUGGUGAAACAGAACCGGCUCGUCGGGGUCCAUGUGACGCCGACUGUAAUCUUCAAUGGGAUUGUGGAAAAUAGCAUCUCGAGCAGCUUCACGAAGGAGCAAUGGCUAGAGUGGUUGGAGAAGAACGUUGUCUGA